GUUCUCGGGCGUUCCCCAGCAUAGAUUAGUAGUUACGUAUCAGGACAUGCUUUAGCUGCAUAUUUUAGAAGUUGCUCUGAGAAUGGCCGCCGACGACAGCUUGCUGCCUAUUGCAAUCCUCAUAGAUGAGCUCAAGAGCGACGAGCCUCUUCGUCGUUUAAACUCUAUCAGCAGGCUUGGGCUCAUAGCACAGGCAUUGGGCGAGGAGCGAACGCGGGCAGAGCUCAUUCCUUUCCUUAGCGAAAAUGUCGACGAUGAGGACGAAGUCCUGCUGGCUCAAGCGGAGCAGCUUGGAAACUUCGUUCCCUACGUAGGAGGGCCACAGUAUGCAUACUUGCUGCUGCCACUUCUGGAGACGCUAUCAACAGUAGAGGAAACGGUGGUGCGGGACAAGGCGGUGGAGUCGCUCAGCAAAGUGGGGUCGACCAUGCCGGACAGCCACGCUUGCGAGCACUUUGUGCCUAUUCUGAAGCGUUUGGGCUCUGGGGAAUGGUUCACUUCGCGCGUCUCGGCGUGCGGCCUCUUCGCGACAGCGUACCCGCGAUGCACCCCCAUGCUGAAGGCAGAGCUGAGGCAGCUUUAUGCCAAUCUUUGCCGCGACGAAACGCCUAUGGUGCGGAGGGCGGCUGCUCAAAAGCUUGGCGGGUUUGCCAAGGUCGUGGAACGCGACUACUGCAGCCGAGAGCUGAUGCCGCUUUUCACGGAUCUAACACAAGAUGACCAAGACUCGGUCCGCCUGCUUGCUGUGGAGAGCUGUGGCGCCUUUGCCUUGGCGUUGGGGCAAGCAGAUGCUACCAGCAACCUGCUGGCCAUCGUCCACAAGUUCGCGCAGGACAAGUCGUGGCGCGUUCGCUAUAACGUAGCCCAGCAGCUGGUUCAGCUGUGCGAGGCACUCGGCACAGAAGUGACCAGGAUGGAGCUCACGCCCAACUUUGUGCGCUUGCUUCGCGAUGGGGAGGCGGAGGUGCGGGUCGCGGCAGCCGGCAAGGUGUCAGCCUUCUCAAAGCUCCUGACUGUGCAGCAGAUCGUCACCAGCAUCAUCCCUUGCGUGCGUGAGCUCAGCAUGGACAGCAGCCAAUACGUGCGCGCGGCGCUGGCAGGCGUGGUCAUGGAGAUGGCGCCGGUGCUGGGCAAGCAGCUCACCAUUGAGCACCUGGUGCCCAUCUUCCUCACACUGCUGAAGGAUGUGUACCCGGAGGUCCGGCUGAACGUGAUCAGCAAGCUUGACCAGGUGAACCAGGUCAUUGGCAUUGACCUGCUGGCCCAGAGCUUGCUCCCAGCGAUUGAGGAGCUGGCGGAGGACAAGCACUGGCGUGUGCGGCUGGCGAUUGUGGAGCACAUCCCCUUGCUAGCCAGCCAGCUGGGGCCGGACUUCUUCCAGGAGAAGCUGGGGCCGCAGUGCAUGAAGAGCCUGGAGGACCAGGUGGCCUCCAUCCGCGAGGCAGCCACGCGCACCCUGCAAAAGGUGGCCGCCGAGUUUGGCCCCGACUGGGCUCGUGAGCACCUGGUGCCCAACGUGCUGGCGCUGAUUAAGAACCCGCACUACCUGUACCGCAUGACGGUGCUGGUCGCCAUCUCCAUGCUGGCCACCAUUGUCAGCCAGGACGUGCUGUGCAACCUCAUGCUGCCGGUGCUCACCACGGCAGCGAAGGACAAGGUUCCCAACGUCAAGUUCAACGUGGCUAAGAUCAUGGAGAAGCUGGCGGGCCUGGUGAGCCGCUCCGUGAUGGAGUCGGCCAUCAAGCCGGUGCUGCUGGAGCUGUGCGAGGACCAGGACAUGGACGUGCGCUUCUACGCACGCCAGGCGCUGUACGCAUGCGACCACGCGGCCUCGGCCUAGAGGCGCUCAGCCAUGCGGUGUGCCUGCGCCUGCAUUGAGCGCCUGGAUUGCCGUGGGAGCGAUCGCUUCUGGCGGGCUGUGUGAGCACUUUCCUUGUGCAAUACCUGGCAGCUUCGCCCCAACUUAAGGCGUCAUCGCUGCGUGUGGGCGUCUAGCACACUGCGGAUGGAAGGGGAAGGGUGCUACAGCCUAUGCAGGGGUAACCAGUGGGAAUCGAAUUGUGUGUGUUACUGGUGUGGAGCCUACUGAUGCAGCGGGAUGGUGCAUCGACGGUUGCUGCAUGGAGCCGGUACAGAUGACCACGCCGCGUCUGGCCCCGCGGCCGAGCAAGGCCGCAGCGCAGCAGUAUGGUGUAUUGACGCGUCCAAUCCCCCGCUCUACUGGAGGAGGACGCGGCGUUGGUUGUACGGGUCUACGCCCGCGCCGGUCCGGCUUGCUGCUGGUAGCACCGCCUGCGGUGUUGCUGCAAGGGGGCUAGGCGAGCCGGCAGGCGCAGGGCGCAGGCAGCUUUAGGUAUAUGGUGUGGUUUGUACUUCUUACAGCGGCGGGAGAAGGCGGUGCUGGGAUUGGGGCGUGGUCAACGAGGCACGCAUUUCUGGCCGCAAUCCUGGACGUCGAGGGGUUCAAGCAGGCGUCAGGACAUCAGCUGCGGAGCAGGGGAG